AUGACCGACAAGACUCGCGGAGGCCGCGUUAAUAAGCGUGGUCAGAAAGCACCUCGUGGCGGAUCGACAAGCAAGCGAGCGGCUGAGACGCAGCCGCCAGUGCUCACGUCAACGAAGCAACCGAGAGGUCGACAGAGGGGAGGCAGGACGCCGAGAUCAGAUACACGGCCCAAAACAAACAAGGCAGCAAAGAAGGUAGUCCCAGCACCAGAGCCCAAGGUCGAUCGAAUUGGCAAUGAUAUCGUGACGACGCUCGUCGAAACACACCUGGCCUUUGUCGCAGAUGGCAAUCUUGCCAGCGAUAGUAAUACCGAAGUCAUUGCUCUCAACAUCAUGGACCACAUCAUCCGGCCAGAAAAUUGGGACCCAGCUUUGACAAGGAAUGUGCUCUGCGCAGCAUGCUUCUAUUUCGCGAGCAUGGUCACGGGCAAGCAGAACAGCGCGUCAUCUGUGGCCGCAAGCAUCAGUUGGUUCUGGGAGAAGCACAUCAACGCAAACCCAGAUCCAUACUAUGCUUGGUUUGCGAAGGAACGUGAUACCAAUCUCAUGUCAGUCUCCAUGGAUGAGGUUGAACAAGGCUAUGCUCUACUGUGGGACCAGCAAGACCGAUUGGAAGAUCUUGUGGGCGACUACAAGCAAAGUCUCGCGCAAUUGCCGGCUCCUGCGGUCGAGCGACCGAAAGUGGUGGAGGACGAUGGGCAACUUGCGCUCGAUGAGGAGCUGCUGCAACUCACAGGUGGAGAGCAGCGGGAUGGGGACGAGCAGGUAUAUUACGGACCUGAGGAUCGCUCUGGCCAAGAUGAGGAGACGUUGGCGGAGGAUGAAUACAACGAGCUUAGAACACCUACGUACGAUGAGGUGGAUCAGUCGGAGCUUGAUGAGUUUGAUCUGUAUGUAGAAGAGAAUGAGUAA